AUGGAUGAGUUCAGCUUUAGCCAAGAGCAAGUGCAGGAGCAAGAGCAGGAGCAUGAGGAGGAGGCCGAGCAGGACCACGAGCAGGAGGUGGAGCAGGAAGAGGAGCACGACAAAGUGCAGGAGGCGCCGCUUGAGCAGCGCUACGCCCGGGAGUCUGAGGAGGCUGUCCCCUGGCCGCUCAAGGCGCUCACGCAGCUCCGGAGCUCGGAGCUGCCCUUCUAUCCCAUGGCAGACUUCGCCGUGAACAAAGGGAUCUUCAACGAGUCCAGCCCGGCGCCCUGCGGCAUUCCGAGCUUUGUCAUGCUGAGCGACAACUACUACCGCCGCCAGUGGCGGCUGACCUCUGUCCGGAGGCUGCGCAGCGUGAUCUGCUUCAUGGAAUGGGUGCCUUCCGUGGAGAAGUUGGCGCGAUUCGAGGUGUCCACCAGUACUCUCAGUGAGGAUCAACGCUUCCGCCUGCGCGAGGCCUUGGAGCUGUGUAGCGGAGGUCGCAGUGACUGCUCUGCGGGCUUUGGGGAACAGGAGGUGCGCGCGCUAUGCAACGUCCUCGACUUGCAGAUGGAGGGUGCAGCUUUCACUGCCGCUAUGCCGCCCUGCAGCCGCGUCAGCAUGGCGGAGCUGGAGAAGCAGCUGGCAACGCAGAGCAUCUACAAGAUGCAGCAGGGAAGGCUUUUCGUGGCUCUGAGCCUUCAAGAGGCGGAGCACUUGCGAGGCUCCAUGCAUCUUCUGAAAAGCCGUUCCCCAGAUUGCGGCAUUGCUCUGAGGUGCGUCGGCUGUAAGGAGGCCAGAGAUGAGUCCCUGCUGGACUGGCACGGCCCCGUGCUCCGCACCGAACUUGGUCACCAGCUGGAGGUGGCGGAGCAGCUUUUCCGAUUUCUGAACUCCGUGGAGGAUUUCCAGGCAAGAGAGGUGAGCGUGCUGCUGCGCGCCCUUCAGCUGACACGGAUGGAGGACCGCCUGCCGUGGUGGCUGGACACGCGUGGGUGCCGGCGGCGCAGCCACAGGCCGUGGCAGAGGAUGCCGGUGGCCAAAGUCUUUCUGCAGCAAGACGAGUACGAGGACUGGGCCACGAAGGCCCUGCUGUUGCGCCUGCGCUGGGCCCUGGCCGCGCAGCAGCUCUGGCCAGCCGACGCCUUCCGACUUUGGGACUCCCAGGGUAACGGCUGCCUGCAGAGGGCGGAUCUAGCAGCAGGACUGGACCAUUUUGGUGUCAGAAGCGAGCGCCUCUCUUCCGAGCGCUGGGCGCAGCAGGUGGAAAACUUGUUCCGGUGCCUAGCGCAGGAUGGGCGAGAGGCGAUCUUUGUGGAGGAUUUCCGUGCUGCCCUCGAGCUGCAAGCUGGAGACUGGGAGGUCACGCCGAUGGCAUCCAUGGCUUCGCCCUCCAGCCGCGUCUCGAGAGCGGCGAGUGCCUUCGAAGGGAGAAAGCACCAGGCGGCUGGGCCAGCCGACGGUGUACCACCAUCUGUGUCGCCGCUUCGGGCAGGUGCCGCGCCGGAAGCCAUCUCCGCCGAGGUGGGCGCAUCUCCCAUGGGUGCGGUCUCGGCCUCGCCUUCGGUGGACACCUUAAAGCCAAGAGUCUCGCGGCUGACGCCAGAGAUCUGCCAACAGCUGAAGGCCGGUCGCUUCAAGCUGAAGUGGCAGAAGCACAGCUCGUUCCGUCCCCUUUGGUCUGGCGCAGUGUGUUGCUGGGCAGCCACCGAGCUCAUCCCUCGCGGGAAAUUCUUGGGCGUGAAGAGAGGCUCCAAUGCGGUGAAGGAGCGAAUCGCUUUGGGCCACUAUGUGAGCACCAGCAACCUCACCGCUGCCCAGCUUAUGGAGGUGACGGAUGAGCAGCACAGCGGCUUCUUUGCGAAGCAUCCGCGGGAUGAUCUGAACCGCUUCUUGGACACCUUCUUCCCACAUCCUAUCCGAUUUCGGCAUAUCUGGCAGCACAAGGAAGCAUCGAAGACACUGUACGUGUGGCAAGCCGUGCCGCCAUCAGCAGACUUCGUUGCCGCCGGCAUGGUCUGCACCACCGAGGACGAGGCACCCUCCCUAGAGGAGCUCCGGUGCUUGCCGAGGCUUUGGGCCGAGCGAGUGGUCGACUUGCAGGCUUGGCCGUGCAGCGACGGCUUCUCCAUUUGGCUUCCCAGCGACGGCGUUGGCUUCUUGCAGGUCACUGGCAGCGAGGCGCCGGAGACGUACCAGCUCAGGGCAGGCAAGAA